UUAGAAAAAAAACAAAAUCUACGCAAAACAAAUUCGCUAAGGCGAACCUCAGAAAUAGAGAGUCAGUGGAGGGAUUUUCAGCGACGUGAGGAAAACUUCCAGAGACAGAAACGGGAGAUGCAGCAACGCGAGCAGGAUUUACAAAGGAAACUCAGAGUGGUUAAAGAACGGUAUCAGGACUCUCAAAGCCAGCUAACGGAUAUUGAGCAACACGAACAAAAUAUGCAGCGGCUGUUGAGAGAGCUUCAGGAACGAGAAAAAAAUUCUCAAAGGCAACUGAUGGAGUUUCAACAACGUGAACAAAAUAUGCAGCGGUUGUUGAGAGAGCUUCAGGAAAGAGAAAAAAAUUCUCAAAGGCAGCUGAGGGAGUUUCAACAACGUGAAGAAAAUUCUCAGAGGCAGCUGACGGAGUUUCAACAACGUGAAGAAAAUUCCCAGAGGCAGCUGGUGGAGUUGCAGCGGCAACUGAGGGAGAUAGGACAGCAGUUGACCAAUUGCCGAGGACAAGUUUCUGAACUACAGUUAAGUCUUUCAACAGCACAGGAAACAAUAAAUCAAUUGCGGAACCAGGAAACACGUGACUGGGUUAUUCCCCGGGACGAAAUUCAAAUCACAGAGAAAUACCUUGGGAGGGGAGGAUGGGGAAUUGUCAAUGAGGGAACGUAUUGUGGCUGUACUGUAGCAGUGAAACAGAUCCAUGAGUUGAUUCUUUCUCCUCAUAACAUAGAUCUGUUUGAAAGAGAAAUGAAUAUCGCUUCUAAAUGCCGCCAUCCUCACUUACUACAGUUUAUCGGCGCCACGAAAGAUGAGGGAACUCCUCUGUUUGUGACCGAGCUGAUGGAGAAAAGUCUGCGCACUUUGUUGAAGCAGCGGCAACUCUCCGAGACAGAAAUAGCCGUCAUUUCUCUGGAUGUAGCACGUGCCCUGAACUACCUUCAUCGAAAGAAACCAGAGCCUAUCAUUCACCGUGACGUCAGCAGUGCGAAUGUGUUGCUAUGGCGACAGGGUGACCAAUGGAGAGCCAAAGUGUCAGAUUAUGGCACUGCUAAUUUUAUACAGCAGACCAUGACAGUGGCUCCUGGAGCUAUGAUUUACAGCGCACCUGAAGCACUUACAUCAAACCAAACAGUCAAGGUAAGUUUAAGUGAAUAUUCAAGACUUUUUACUUACUAAAACUGUACAGCAAGGCUAACAGUGGCAGAAGUGAUAAGUGAUGUCCACUCCAUAAACAAUACAUAUGAAAUGACUAUAUCUUUGUGAGGAGUCUUUGUACCUUGUUCUGCACUUUUUUCACUCUUUUAUACAUAUCUUCUUCAUGGAUUUGGUCCACGUAAUUGGAUUCUUUAAUUUAUCCCUUCUUGUGUCUAAAGACAACAGUCACGGGAUAGCAAAAGUUAAUUAGUAUUUUUAGAAACAAAACAUUUAAGCCAAGAACGUACCAUGAUGCCUUUUAAGGAUCUUCUGUUUUCUAGGCAGUUUUCUUAUCCAUUUAUCGCUAUUCAUCUAUUUUGAAUUCUCGAGUUCCUCCCUCUCGUGUUACCUUAACUCCUUUUGUAAUCAGUACACAACUAAUAAGUAAUGUCCUGUAUUAUGAUUGCUUUUAGGUUGAUGUGUACAGCUUUGGUGUUCUUCUUUGUGAAAUGUGCAUCCGGGAACUUCCAGAUCCUAGUAAGCGUGAAGAACAAGUCGUGCUUGUAACGAGCGGUGUGUUUCGCGGCCUGGUACGGCGAUGCCUGCAUAGAGAUCCUGGGCCGAGACCAACCAUGCAGGAGAUAAUCGAUGAACUGAAAGAUGCCGAUGUGUCAUCUUAA